AUGAUCGACUUUGCGCUCUGCAAAUUCCGGGAAGAUUAUAAAGACGAACAGGAGUGGAGUGAAUCGAAGGCCAUACAAGAAGAAGAAGAGGCAAUUGGACUCAUCAUGCGAGAUAAACUUAACGGCGGAUUUGUGUAUCAACGAUCGGAGCGAUACAAAAAGCCAGCUAGUUACUACGAAUGA